CAUUACCAUAGCUACCAUUAAAUGCCCUAUACUCAAUUUGAUAAGUGUGUAUUUUUUUGUAUUAGAAUAUAUAUUAAAAUCAUUGACAAGGCGGAUUACAAGACUUCCCACCAUUACCACAAAAUGGAGGAAAUAGUAAUUGGCAUUGCCUUACUUCAAUACCAGGACGAUUGUAUGAAAAGGUCAAGGUCACGUAGACAAAACAAGUGUAGAAACAAUAAAUACGCAUGCUCCCAACAAUGUCAUUCGUACAAGAAAGUACCAACCCCAUAUAAAACGGGAAGAAGCACGAACAAAACAGUUUAUAAAGGAAUAUCUGAAUCUCGUAACAAUGCAAUCAAACCUGUAAACAACAGGCGGUCAGUAAGUUCCUUCGAUACAGAUAGCCAAAAACAUUCUUUAACCACUCAUAAAACAGAUACCAUACAAUCUUCAAUAUCUGAUUUUGUAGAACCUAAAAAGAAAAGUGUACCUUCACCAAAAAACACACCAGUUACAGCCCAAACUUCUAACUGUGACAACUUUUCAAACACUGUCCAGAGAGGUGAAAUAGGUACAACUGUAUGCAAUGACAAAACAUAUAGGGCUAUAGAAUCUGUAUCUUACAACAACAGAGAAGACAAAGAAAAGUAUGCAUCUGCCGUCAAAACAAACAACAUAGAAAUGUUUACACCCACUGUCCAAAUAAAUACAAUAGAUGAAUCUACAUCCAUUAUGUCUACAUCUACUGUCCAAAAAGAUAGCACGGAAAAAUCUACAACCACUAUCAAAAUAAAUGAAUUAGGAAAGCCUUUAUCCAUUGUCAAAAAUGACGCAGAAAAUUUUGUAUCAACUCUCAUAAUUGAAGAUAUUAAAAAGCCUUCACCUUCUGUCCAAAAUGCUGACGUGGAAACUUCUACAGACAGUGUCCAAAAAGAGACUGAACAGUCUGCAUCCUCUGUUAAAACAGAUGAAAUAGAAAAGCCUGCAUCCACUAUCAAGGCAAACGAAAAUGAAAACAGGACACCUAAACUACAAACUGACAGCACAGAAAAUAAAUUACAUAAUGCACAAUCAAAAUCGAGUGUCAUUCAAAUCAAACAUACAGGAAAAUCUGCUUUCGCUUUCAAACCAUGUGUUACAGAAAAGUCUAUUUCCGCCAUAAAAAUUGGCGGCACUGAUAACCAACCAACUUCCGUUCAGAGGUCGCCCAAAGAUGAUUCUGCAUUGUGUAUCAAAACGAAUGCUAAAGGUAAUACUGUUAUAGAUGUUAAAUUGACAGCAAAGAAUUAUGAUGGUAGACUAGCUAAAGAUUCCAAGUACACCUUUAAUAGAUUCAAAACUGGAUAUCUCAAAGACUCUGCACCGGAACACGAUCUGUCUGACACUAUAGGUAUUUCAGCCACUGUAGGACCGGAUUCUACAACAAUAGGACCGGAUUCUACACCAAUAAGACCGGAUUCUAUACCAAUAGGACCGGAUUCUACAACAAUAGGACCGGAUUCUACAACAAUAGGACAUACAGAUAAAGGAUAUUUAACUCAAUUAGUACAAACAGACGAACAUAGAAAUUUUAACAAGAUAAAUAACAUUAAAGGGUCUAAAGUUUCUAUCAGCAAGGAAACAUUAGAUUCUACGUUUGUAUACAGUGCGGCUACCUUCCAAGAGACAAACGAGAACAACACUCUGCUUGUUUUUUCUCGUUAUCAUUAACCGGAUGCUGUUUGUUUUAUAUAAAAUACGAAAGCCAAAACUACAAUUUAACUUUGCUUAAUUAUACCAGUAAAAAUU